AUGCCACCUACCUCUCCGUCAGCGUCAACCAUACCACAACAACAUCAACGCUCCCACGCCUCCAGCAGCAGCAGCAGCCCAUCCGCCACCGACGACCUCCCCAGCCUUCUCCUCCAAAUGCAAGAAACCAUUUCUCAGAUCCACCAAACCGUCACCGCCUUGCAAUCCUCUUCCUCCCCACAUGGCGGCGACAGCGAGGAGCACGCCAAGCUCACAGAGAUCGAAUCCCGGAAGAGAUUUUUGGAGAGGAGAAGAGCUGAGGAUGAAGAGUUGGCGAGAAAGAGGAGGGAGGAAGAUGCGCAAUGGGAGGAGAAGCUGAGAAAGGAGGAUGAGGAGAGGGAGCAGAGGCUGGAAAAGGAAAAGGGCGAGGUGGAGAGGGAGACGGAGGAAUUGAUGGGGGAGAUUGAGAGGGGGUGGGAGAGACGGUGGGAGGAAGGACGGGGGGUGUUGAGGGGGUUGGAGGGGAGGAGGAAGGAACUCAACCGGCUUAUCGAAGAAAAGCUGCAAGCGCAUACCGAGACCCCCUUGGUGUUGAACACAAGGGGUAUCCGAGAGGCAAGGACGAGUAGCGUUCCUAAGAUUGAGCCGGAGGAGCAGACUUCCCAAGCCCAAGAGAUGGCCAAGACGACCGAGACGCAGAGCAAUGAAAGGGGCUUCCUCCCUGCGGCUGCCUUCGAGAGCGCUCCCCCCGACCUCGACCAGGACUACAACAAGUCUGAAAGCGAAAUCCAUGUCCAGCAAGAGGAGGAAACAGUUGCUCGCGGCGGCAACGAGGAGGAUGUGGACGCAGCAGCACCUCCGCCAUCCUACCUACAAGAAAAGAUGGCAUCAUUGAGCAUGGACCACCUCAACGAACCCAACUCUCUUACCAGCCACAGUCCCAGUCCUAUCCCCGUUUCCGUCCCCGUCAGCUCAAGACCUACUUCUCCAGUCGGACGUACAUUGUCAGCCAUCGACAUGGAAGACACUAUAACAGCAGAUGAUGUAGAUGAUAUCGAAGACGUCCCAUUCGAAAUCGACGAACCCGUCCCGUCGGCAGAACUUCCUAAUGGUCAUGUCCAUAGCCACGGACAUGAACAGCGGCAUCUCGAAAUCAAGACGGAAAGGGAAACCGCAGACAGGGACUGGGACAGGGACACGGACAGGGACACGGAUACAAGCACCAAAACAAGCCCAGUGGACGUCGAGUUCCAGGGUUUGCCGAUCCGCGCACAUCCCAUGGAUGAGAAUAUCCACUUGGACGAGUUCGCUGAGGUUGAAGAAGAAGAAGAGGAUGAUGGGGACGGGGAGAAGGGUGAGGGUGAGGGUGAGGGUGAACAUUUUGGUUUGCCGUCGGUUGAGCAUGAGCAUGAGCAUGAGCAUGAGCAUGAGCAUGGUGGAUCUACUGAGACUGAGACUGAGACUGAGGCACAAACUGAGACUGAGACUGAGGCACAAACUGAGACUGAGACUGAGGCACAAACUGAGACUGAGACUGAGGCACAAACUGAGACUGAGACUGAGACUGUUGUCGAGCAGCGAGCUGUUGAUGUCAAGGAAGAGUUCCGCGGGAGGGCAGAUAGUUUGGGGAUUAUCCACCCCCCUCCAGCUCCUACUGCGGUCUCCCACAAACAUGAUGUUGGUCGUGGUGUAGCUGAGGUAGCUGGAGAGCCAAACCAUACCUCCAGCCCGGAGUCCGAAACCUCAGACUACACGCCUUACUCACAGCCCACACCGGCUUCGCCUACUAUUGCUUCCCAGGACUAUCAGACUGGGGCUGCUCAGGGAUACUUCCGCCAGUCCGAAGCUGCCGCUGCUGCUAGAGAAGGACACCCCGAAGCAGAUACCGGCACCGUCGAACAACCCAACCCCAACCAAGAACAACAGCUCGCCAACACCAACACUACCCCCGACUCAAAGUCAGAGCCACAGUCAGAGCCGGCACACCCUGGCCCCGACCAAGAAGACGUCGACACCGUCCCCUCCGACGACAACGCAGACGGCCACUCCAUCUCCACCGCCUCCGAGCGUGGUUCCUACUCGGACAUCAACGAGCCUGUAUCUCCCACCUCCCCGACUGCGGCAAAAGCGGAGGAGGAGGACGCUCGGGAUGCGGACUUUGUUCCUGGCCAGGAUGUGGAGACUCAGGCUAGGGAGGUACGGGUUUUGGAGGGUGUGGGGAAGGGCGAAGAGGAGGCUGAAGAGGGGAAAGGAGAGAUGCCGAGUGAGGAAGUGCUACGAGGCCUGACUGGCGCUGAUCAUGAGCAUUUUGAUCCUGUUGAGAGCGUGGGGCGUACGAUUGACGAGGUUGAGGAUGAGUGGGAGGAACAGCAACAUCACGAGAAGAACCAUGACCAUGAGCAUGAGCAGCAGCAACAGCAGCAGCAGCACGAGCGCAAACAAGAGGAAGGCCGCCAGCAUGAGGGCGAACACGAGCAAGAGCAAGAACAGGCCGUCCAUGCAGAAGCGGUAGAGAAAGAAGUCCUAGAGAAGCAAGUUCUUCAAGGCUUCGUUGACGACCCCGUCGGUCCGGCGCACGAUAGCCGGUUUGAGCUGGAAGCGGAGGCCAUGAGGGCAAGGGGAGUGUUGGAGCCGCAUGCUAGUCAGGUGGACUUGGGAGAGGGCAGCUGUGAUGACGAUGCUAUUAAGUAUGAAGAGGGGGAGAGUCCCGUGAUGGGUGUUGAAGGCGUGGUAGAGCCUCCUGCGACGCCUUCAGCUGGUGCUGAGGCCGAGUCUGAGCAUGAGCAUGAGCAUGAACCCGAGCCGGUCCCGGUCGAGGAGCUGGUCAAGGAACAGGAAGAGAUGGGACUUGGCCGACCCGAACCACACGACUCUACUGAGGAUGACCGAGACAACAACGAAGUACAGACCACACCAGUGCAAAUCCUCGACAUGGACCGCCACCCCCUCGACGAUCACUCUCACGUCUCCCACGUCGUCGGCGUAGCCCUCACCCACAGCGACGCAGUGCACAUGAUACACACCCCUAUCGAAGAAGGCGAUCAUGUGGAACCAGCCCAUUACUUCGUCAACCAGCAUCACGUUCCCCAUAGCGCUGAUGAGUUCUAUACCCCAGCCGAGGUCACUCUCCGUGGUUAUGAUCAUCAGGGGCGCCAAGGACAUCCCGAUGCUUUCUACAAUCCUGCUGCUCAUGCAGAUGACCAUACGGAGAAGGAGCACCGCGAGCUUGAGCGUGAACAUGAGGUCCCCGACGUCAGCGACCAGGUGGAAGACCUAGAUGACACCCAACCUCGCUACCAGCUUUACGAACGCCCCUACACCCCCAGCGACUUUGCUCCUACGCCCAUGGAGGCUAGUUUCCAUCAUAUCGAACACGUCAGUCCCAGUCCCGGGCAUGACACACAUCAUGAAGUUCCAUAUGGACAUGGACAGCCCGAGGUGGUGGUCGUUACUCCACAACAUGAACCCGACGUGGAUAAUGAGGGUGAGAAUUCUGCUCCUGCUGGAUACUUGCGCGAUCAUGAUGCACCAACCCAUGCCGCCGCAACAGAUAUGGAAGAACCGCACAGAGAGGGAGAUGAAGGAGAAGGAGAAGGGGAAAGAGAAGGAGGAGGUUUGGUGGAAGAUAAUGUUGAUGAGAAUGAGAUAGGCCAUCCGCUUGAGAGGGUGCCUAGCCAUCAGGAUGUCCAUGUCGAACAUGAACAUGAAGAAAGUCCAGGACCGAGUGUCAGUGUGGAUGACUUCCCCAUGCCUGGUGGUGUUCCCGCCCCUGGACAGUCGCAGGUUCAUGUUGCUCAUAGUGAGCAUGAGCAUCCUCGUGGUCCUGAGCAUUACCUUGAUCAGUGUGAAGACGACAUGGACGUCGCCGAGAACUUUCGGGUUCACGAAGGGCAGGAAGAUGACGUCGAGAAUUUUCGGGUUCACCAGGAACAUGAAGACAAGUCCGAGUCCGAAGAGAGUUCAGAAGAAGACUUUGAGGGUAGACAUGAUGAAAUUGUUCUUCACCACUUGGAUGCCAUUGCUGAGGAGGGCGAUGAGGAAGUGGAAGAUGAGGUCGGCCAUGGUGUUGAGCGACGGGAUAUGGCUGAGAUUGCCGUUGAGGGUCAUGCGCACGAUGAGGACCAGGACCAGGCCGUCUACAGGGAGGUGGAAGAAGGUUUGUCGGACCAAGACGACGACGUCCGCAGCAUUCCGGCUGAUGAGAGCAACGUAACGCUGCCGAACGACGUCGUCCGGUCUGAUCCCGAGGUUAAUGCUGAAGUUGAGGCUGAAGUUGAGGCUGAAGCUGAAGCCGAAGCCGAAGCCCGGGAGCUCGUCACCCAUCCCCAACAUGAAGACGCCGCCGCCGUCGAGUCAGCGCCGGCUGAUAUCCAGCAUGAGACGUACGACACCACUAUCUCUACAAGCCACAACCUCGCCCGUCAACAAACUUACGGCACUGAAGCAACGGAAGACUCUGAUGCCGAUAACUCAACCGAGCCCUCCGAGCCGGAACGGAUCCAUGAAGAAGGUCCCGAUCCGAGACUUUUGGAGGAGCAACCUGUACUUGAUGAAGCGCUUGAGCUCAAGCCUGGUUAUCCUGUCGCUGAGGGGGAGCAUGCCCCUCAUGAAGGACAGGUUGACGAAGACCACGUCCACAGCCAGCCAGGUCCCGAAGACGACGAAUAUGAUCCCUUCCGUUACUCGCCUCCCAAGAAAUCUACCGCUGAAGGGCAAGUUACCCCCUGCACCUCCCCUCUUCUUUCCCACUCCCACUCCCAGUCAACAGUCAUCUCUUCAUCCGCCUCCGUUAAAGUUACCACCUCUGACUCUUCUGCUGCACAUAGGGAUGAUGACGUUAACGAAGCCGCCACCAACGGCGAAUCACAGGAACCGGAACACGAACAGACUGUCAAGCACGUGGAGGAUGAUGUACGCGUGGACGACACGGAGCAGCCCGACGUCGAACGACCAUCUGACGAGGUUUUGAGCUCGAGGGUGGAGGACGUGAUGCUGCACCAUGGUGGACAAGCGGCGAGGAGCGAGAGGGGUUUGGCGGAGGAGUUGGACGAUGUUGGUUCUGGCGAAGGGGAGGACGAGGAACACGCCCGUCAUUAUGACCACCAUGGUCCUGAAGAAGAGGAGGUGGCGGUUCAUGAGCAGCACAAGGAGCAUGCUGGCCGCGGAUAUCGAUCUAGUGAUGAGGAAGAUGAGGAGACGCUUGCUGAUGAUGAGGCUAAUCGCACUUAUCAUGGCCAUCGUGACCAUCAUCAUCGUGACAACGGUCACUCACACCAUACCUCUAACCAGCACGAGGAGGUCGAGGUCGAGGCCGACGCCCAACCGUCACAAGAGGGCCAUCUCGAGCCUCCUGUCUUGCAACUCAUUGAGCCUAGCGAUACGUCGGAGACAUCGUCCAUCUCUGCCUCUUGUCAUCCACACGCUGUGACAAGGGAGGAAGACAUGGGCAGGGACUGGAGCGAGGUGGACCAGUUCUUGUCCGAGUCGGAGUCGGAGUUGGAUUCUGAGGAUGAGCCUGCCCGGGGACAUGUUGAACAUGUGGAGGAGGCUGGUAGUGAUGCGGCUGCUGAUACUGUUGCUCAUGCACAUCCCUCGCUUGAUCUUGAUAUCGACGCUGAAGUCGAAGCUGCUCUGGAGACUCCGGCCCCUGAACAACAUCCCACUCUCGAUGUCGACAUUAAUGCGGAAGUCGAGGCUGCUUUGGAGACCCCGGCUACGGAGGCCAGUCCUGCUGAGGACACGGCCCAGCUGCAUGAAUACUACGCUGAACAGGCCGCGAUGCAUCACUCCCCUGAGCUUGCGCAAAGGCAUGUGCAGGAGCCAGACGCCGAGGUUGCUUCCCACGACCAGGGUCACCAUGAUCAAGACAAUGAGCCAUCGACCUCCCCUAAGCAACAGUCUGAGCCGCAGUACGUCCUAGAUGAAGAAGAGGUUACUGUGACUCCAGCUCACCACCACGACCUCCCCCCUCUCACAAUCCCCGCCACUCCCCCUUCGCCAAUCCGCAAAGUUGAUGACCACGACAACAACCAGGACAACACCCACGACGCCCACGACGCCCACGACUUCCAAUCCCCAGAAGAAGACCAAGAGUUCAUCCCUCGCGACGUAACCAACCGCCCCUGGCGCUCCGACACCGUCAACACCACCGCCACCUACGCCACAGCCGAUACCACUUCCAACACCGUUCCCACCGUCUCCUCGCCUCAAUCCGCCCGUAGCGGGACUACCCUCUCCUCCGGGCCCUCCUCUCCCGUCCCUGACCACGAGGUUGACUCCGGUGCUCAAGACCCUCGCAUCCGUGAUAGCAUCGGCGCUAACAUCGGCGGCGGUCGCGCUCGCGGUCUGACGGAUGUGAGUAUGGGUGAUUACAGCGGUGGCGGGUAUGGAGCUUACAACUACGUGGAUUCUCAUUCACAUGGUCAUGAUGUCAAGGACCGGGACAGGGACAGGGAUCAGCCGGUGCCGAAGGGCACAAAGGUGAUGGAGAUGUGGCAUCAACGGGAAGCAAAUCUUUCUCAGUCGAGGACUGGGAAUGACAUAGAGGAGGUGAGGUUGUCGGGUGAUAGUGAGCGGUCCCACUCACGCAACCGUGGGGCUUCUGGUUCCGGCUCCGGAAGUGGUUCUGGCGGUGGCAGUGGAGGAGGCAGCUCCCUCUUCCAACGCAUGCGUUCAGUGUUUGAACAAUCUUCUUCAUCCUCGGCACCAGCAGCUGCAGCUGCAACAUCAACCAACAGGGUGUCAAUGCCCUCCUUCUUCACCAAGUCCCACACUCCCAGCCCUUCUCAGUCUCUGUUCGAGAACAGCAAGCAAAGACCGAUGAGCACAUCGCCUUAUUCCCAUGGCUCCCGUCACAGAGAUGGACACGCCCACCACAUGCACUCUGCGGAAGAUACGACCACAGCAACGGCCACAGAGCAAGUACAAGCCGAAGAAGCAGGUGAACACGGCGCCUUGCUACAAGCCGACGACCGGGAUGCUUCAAGCGAUGAUGGCUACGACGAGGAAUAUGAACGCCAGCGCGAAAGGGAGAGACAAAAGAGGAGGGAAAGGAGGAGACAUGAGAGGGAGAAGGAGGAGUGGAGGGAACGGCAUGGGAUUCUGCAUUCUUAUGAUUAUGGUGAGCAGGGGUAUGGGCACAGUACGAGUCGGUAUGACUAUGGAGAGUACAGGCCGGAGUAA